CGGGGUUUGGUCCCCAUGGCAACGGGGGGCGGGGCCUCGGGGGCCGCCGGGAGCUGCCGUGCGACGCGCCCCGCGUGUGUCCCCGUGCCCCACCCGCACACCACGCGUGUCCCCACGCCUCGGGGCACCCCACAGACCCCCCCCAGCCCCGCUGUCCCCCCGGGAGCUCCCCGCAGGGAUGGAGGGGCGCGGGGAGGAGGCGCCGGAGCCGGAGGUGUCAGAGCCGUCAGAGGAGGAUGAGGAGGAGGCAGAGGAGGAGGAAGAGGAGGAGGACGACGGCUCCGGGGUGCGGGUGACGCCGGCGCUGCUCAAGGCCACGACGGGCGAGUUCUCCCUGGAGUCCAUCCUGCUGCUGCGGCUGCGCGGCCGCGGCAUCGCCCACCUGGGCUGCCUGGCCGACUGCUCCAACCUGGAGUGGCUGGACCUGUCCGGCAACGCCAUCGCGGGGCUGGCGCCGCUGGCCACGCUGCGCGCCCUGGCCGUGCUCAACCUGGCCGCCAACCGCGUGGCCAGCGUGGAGCCGCUGCGGGGCUGCCGCAGCCUGCGCCAGCUCAACCUGGCGGGCAACCGCCUGCGCAGCCUGCGCCAGCUGCGCUGCCUGCAGGGCCUGCGCCACCUGGAGAGCCUGCGCCUGCGGGACCCGCUGGGCAACCUGGGCAACCCGCUGUGCGCCGCCGCGCCCGCCUACCGCGCCGCGCUGGCCGCCAUGCUGCCCGGCCUCAAGGCCAUCGACGGGCAGCGCGUGGCGGGCCGCGGCAGCGAGCUGUUCCGCCUGUGCCGCGAGCUGGACGCGGCGCUGGACGGCCGGGCCGCGCCCGCCGCGCCCGCCGAGCCGCCGCAGCCCUGGGUGCGCGCCGGCUUCUGGGAGGCGCGGCCCGCGCGGCGCAGCGCCGUGCUGGAGGAGGCCACGCGGCAGCUGGGCCAGGCCCUGCGCGAGUGCCGCGAGCUCGGCCGCCGCGCCGACGACUCCAUCGCCCAGGCCCAGCGCGCGCUCGGCCGCCGCCAGCACGGCGACUUCGGCUUCUGAGGGGAGCGGGGAGCGGGGCGCGGCCCCAGGCAGGCACCGCGGGCUGGGGCCGGCAUCGCCCGGGCUGUGCGAGCCCAAAGGUGGGACUGGAGAGCCCCCAAAGCCACCACGGUACGAAGCCACCGCCAUCGGAGCCACAUGACCCCAAAAACGGGGCCAGGAGAACCCCCAGAGCCACCAUCAUCAGAGCCACAGGACCCCAAAGCAGGGCCAGGAGAAGCUCCAGAGCCACAAGUCUGAGCUGUGAGACCCCAAAGAUGGAACUGGAGAGCCCCCAAAGCCACCACAGUAUAAAGCCACUGUCAUCGGAGCCACGAGACCCCAAAUAUGGGGCCAGGAGAAAUCCCCAGAGCCACCAUCAUUGGAGCCACAGGACCCCAAAAAUGGAGCCAGGAGGACCUCCAGACCCAUAAGUCUGAGCUGUGAGACCCCAAAGAUGGGACUGGAGAACCCCCAAAGCCACCACAGUACAAAGCCACUGUCAUCUGAGCCACAGGACCCCAAAAGCGGGGCCAGGAGAAGCCCCAGAGCCACAAGUCUGAGCUGUGGGACCCCAAAGGUGGGACUGGAGAGCCCCAAAAACCACCAGAGCCCAAAGCCACUGUCAUCUGAGAAACAGGACCCCAAAAAUGGAGCCAGGAGAACUCCCAGAGGCACAAGUCUGAGCUGUGGGACCCCAAAGAUGGGACCAGAGAGCCCCCAAAGCCAUCACAGCCCAAAGCCACCGUCAUCGGAGCCACAGGACCCCAAAAGCGGGGCCAGGAGAAGCCCCAGAGCCACAACAGCCCGUGUGUGAUCCCAAAAGCAGGGCUGGGAUACCCCCAGAGCCAUCACGAGUCCAGCUGCUUCAUCUUCCGAGCUGUGGGACCCCAAAAGCAGGUCUGGGAGCCCCUCAGUGCCACCCCUGCCCAAGUCCAUGCCUGAGCCGUGGGAGCCCAGGAAUGGAUCCAGGAAAGCCCCGGAGCCCACACUGUCACCGUGAGACCCCCAGAGCCACCACCAGCCCGUCUCCUUCCCCUGCGAGCUGUGGGACCCCCACGCUGGAGCUGGGGUACCCCAGAGCCAGCCAGGAUCCCCGGGGAGCCGUGGGGAGCCAGCCUCGGCUGGGGACAUCUCGGGGACAGGGCACGUGGUGGCACUGCACAUUAAACAUGUCCCACCCUCA